GGGGGAAAAAAUUAUAUAUAAAUAAAAUAAACAAGGGUUUUAAGAAAAUGUAAAUUCUUAUUAAGGUGUGGAAAUUCGUUUUAUUUUCCAGUCAGAUUGAAUAUCAUCCAUCCGAAAAGGGCUCUAUUUUGUUUUCCAGUUACAGGGCUGAUGAGUACGAAAGGCAGAAUACCUACUGGCUAUGACAAUGCAAAAACCCUCUCAGUUCCACCUGGUUUUGCGUCACGAACAGCCUUUACAUUAAAGAAGGUGGCAGACAGUGGGGAAGCUACUAAUUUAACGGUUGUUGACAGAGAAUUUAAACCGGAGCCAAACAAGAUGGAUUCUCUUCUUAACAAUUCAGACAUUGAAAACUUCAAGACUUCAUUCAGGCACAGACCAUGGAUACUUCACGACCAAUUUGAUCGUGCUUCAGAGAAAUGUGACUCUGAACUUGGCAUGAAUUUCCCAUUGAGAGUUCAUCUUCCGAAAGGAGUGAUUCGAGGAUGUCCAACUUGCCAUGAUUGUCAGAAGGUUAUCGCUAGGUGGCGUCCUGAAGAGUCGCGCUUGCCUGAACUUGAAGAUGCUCCAGUAUUUCAUCCUACUGAAGGGGAGUUCGAGGACAUGUUGAAAUAUAUUGCAGAGAUACAUUCAAAAGCGGAGAACUAUGGGAUAUGCCGCAUUGUUCCUCCUCCUUCCUGGCACCCACCUUGCCUUCUUAAAGAGAAGAUGACAUGGGAAACACAAAAAUUUAACACUUAUAUACAACAGAUUGAUGGCCUUCAACGUUUGUCUUCAAAGAGAAAACCACGUAGGUUUCAUGAGAAGAUGGAAGCUAAAAGGCCCAAAAUUUUGAGUGGGGAUCUUGAGUCUUCUGCAGACACGAAUGAAGCUAAAUGCUUUACUAUAAGCUCUGAUUUUGAAUCUGGACCAAAGUUCACACUGGAAAGUUUUAAAAAGCAUGCUGAUGAAUUCAAGAGCCAAUACUUUUGCAAUAUUGACACGGUUACAGAUCCAAAUGUAAACUCAAUUACUGUCCAAGAGCUGCAUGAACCAUCAUUGCUAAGCAUAGAGGGUGAAUAUUGGCGGAUAAUUGAGAAUCCGAGCGAAGAAAUAGAGGUGCUUUGUGGUACUAAUUUGAAAGCUCAAGCCUUGAGAAGUGGGUUUCCUGUAAAACCUAGUGCAGCAGAAAUGCCUGAGUGUUCUAAAUACGUGGAAUCCAAUUGGAACUUGAAUAAUAUCCCCAAGCUUCCUGGUUCUCUUCUGUCAUUUGAAAGCUGUGAUAAUUCUGCCAUCUUAGUCCCUCAGCUGUCAAUGGGGAUGUGCUUUGCAUCACAUUGUUGGAGAACGGAGGAGCACCACUUGUACUCAUUAUGUUACAUGCACUUGGGUUCCCCUAAAGUAUUUUAUGGAAUCCCAGGAAGAUACUGCUUCAAGUUUGUUGAAGUUGUAAAAAGGCAGUUUCCCCAGAUAUGCCUAUCAGAGCAUCCUGAGUUGCUCCAUGAGCUUGUCACUCAAAUUUCUCCCUCUACUCUGAUGUCCGAGGGCAUACCUGUGUAUCGUUGUGUGCAGAAUCCCUUGGAAUUUAUUGUCAUUUUCCCUGGAGCAUACCAUUCAGAAUUUGAUUGUGGUUUCAAUUGUUCAGAAUCAGUACAUUUUGCUCCUUUUUACUGGUUACCUCAUGGCCAGAACAUUGCAGAAUUAUACAGUGGACAGUAUAGGAAGACAUCUAUUUCACAUGAUAAGCUGUUGCUGGGAGCAGCCAAGGCAGCUGCAGGAGUACUGUGGGAAUCUUCUGCAUUAAAAAAAGAAAAUAUUAAUCAUCAACUCUGGAAAACUGUCUGCGGAAAGGAUGGGAUCUUGGUAAAAGCACUUAAGGUAUGCUGUUACUUUCAUGAUUCUACUAAUAACUGGAAGCCGUUGCAUGGGACGCUUAUGUCAAUUGAUAUCAUAUUUCGCAUAAUAUUCUCGUGUUGACUGCCCUCGUAAGAU